GCGCCGAGCAUUCCGGCGACGCCAGACAACGCGGCACAAUCGAGACGAGAUAAUCGCUCUGGGACGGAGCUUUAAACUACCCCCCGUGGCUGUCCACCUACACAGUUAGUCCGCGGCGUUCGAUCGUGCGUCGACGAUGGGAGUUGUGAAGACGGCGUCGGAGAGUAUCCUCGAGGAGACCGUGGUGCCGAGCGAGGAAGCGAAUUACUCGCAACAGGGUUACGCCGAGGAAUGGAGCGAGAAUUUUCCCUAUCAGCUUUUGAUAGGGGCGGGGGUGGCCCUGGUUGGCCUGGUCCUCCUGGCAGCGGUGAGCUUUCAAUGCUCUUCCACUUGGCGAUGGCUGAUGAGUGUGACUCGGCAUGAGAACGUCGAGGAUACAGAGACCGAUCAGAUUCAGCAAAAUGCGAUUCGCAUCAGUCAUUCUCUCCCGGAUCUCCAAUCAGAGCCGAUCACUCAUGAAUACGUGCAAGAGCAGAAAGAUAACAAAAAGGUGCUGCGACAAACCACUUUGCCCAUCGUUCCGAUGAGACAUCAAAGCUUCCAACGUCAAUUAUCGCACCGGCUUGAUCUGCCUAACAUUAAAUUCAGCAUUUGCAGCUUCGAAAAUCGCAGCGAUUCCAGCCUCGGUCUUAUCAAGCCGGAGUUGUAUAAAAAGGAACUCGUGAGACAAGAGAGUGCGGAGAGCUCCAGUACAACAGAUAUGGAAUACGCUGGGAAAUUACACUUCGCUCUUCGCUAUGACAAAGAAAUCGAAGGUCUUGUCGUCAAGGUUCUGGAGGCUCGCGAAUUGCCAAUAAAAGAUGUAACGGGUAGCAGCGAUCCGUACGUCAAGGUGUACCUGUUGCCAGAUAGGAAGAAAAAGUUCCAAACGAAAGUACAUCGAAAGAAUUUGAACCCGAUAUUCAAUGAAACGUUUAUCUUUAGCGUGUCAUACGAAGAACUGAGAGAACGUUACGUGCAAUUCUCGGUUUACGACUUCGAUCGGUUCUCACGUCACGAUCUCAUUGGACAAGUAGUUCUUAAAGGGCUCUUAGAAUGCACUGAUCUCGAGCAAGAAAUCGAAUAUACGAUGGACAUCCUUUGCGCUCUGCAGGAGAAGGUCAAUCUGGGAGAAUUGAUGCUGUCGUUGUGCUAUCUACCAACGGCCGGUCGGUUGACAUUAACCGUCGUUAAAGCCAGAAACUUGAAGGGAAUGGACAUAACAGGCAAAUCAGAUCCCUAUGUGAAAGUCUACUUGCUGUGCCAAGGCAAAAGAAUAAAGAAGAAAAAGACAACGGUGAAGAAGAACACUCUUUACCCCAUCUACAACGAGGCGCUCGUUUUUGACGUUCCCGCGGACAACAUUGAGGACGUCAGUCUUAUAGUGAAAGUAAUUGAUUACGACAGAAUCGGAUCGAAUGAGUUGAUGGGCUGCACCGCGAUUGGAUCGAGCUUCAUUGGAAUUGGCCGCGAUCACUGGUUAGAGAUGCUAGAUAAUCCAAGAAAACCGGUGGCGCAAUGGUAUCCGUUAAUGGAGACUGUAUCCGGCCAUAUUCCGGCCGUAGAUUCGGAGCCGCUCCCAGUAAGCCUGAGCUGCUUGAACGGCAGAUGAAGACAAAAGGCGGAAGGUGAACACUGCAGAAGCUCGGAAAUAUUGUCGGACGUCGGCUUGGACAUCGUCUCCUUCUGUCGUCAUUUAAUGCACAUCGCUUGACUGACUUAAGUACAACCUCUGUCUCGAAGGAAGGCCGGAAGGCGAACUCUGUGCUUUGCAAUCUUACCUCGUGCAGCAGGCAUGAAAUAAUAAACGAUCCGGCGUAAACGAAAAGAACCGAUCACUUGCGAAACAUAGAUAUGUUGCUCAAUUCCGACGGUCCGGUGGCGAUCGCGACGGAAACGAGAUAAAUUUGCGCUGCUUUGUCUUUCGAGCUGCCGCUCGCGGAUAGUGCGGGCUGGUCCCGCACCGUUUCAAACGCAGGUUGUUGUAUUUACAGUAUCCCUCGUAGAGUCUCCUCUUAUCACACGUGAUGUUGAGCAUGACGGUAGCUUAAAUGUUCUAGAUUAACGCGUGAGGUCGGAUAAAGUAAGUUUUUAUAGAAGACGCACACGUGAGCGUGAGGAGUAAUAAGGCCUUAUCCUCGAUAAAGAUCAGACAGACGAAUGCAGGCGAGACGGAUUAUAUUAGCGGCAGAGUACAAUUGAAUAACGGUAGAUGUCUAAGGUAGUACAAAUAGCGUUGGAUCUGUGCAGUCGUUUAUUAUUUCACGCUCGCUACCACUUCUGCGCAAAUGUUCUAUUAACGUGAUAUAUGUUUAAACAUAAUGCUCGAUGCAAACGGGCACUGUUUGUGAUAAUGUAUCCGAACACAUACGCAUACUGACACACAUAUACGUACAAGUAACACACGUGGUCCAGACACCACGUAUAUCAGUAGCUGCUCCGUACACGUAAUGUACGUUUGCAACUGACGCGACUACUCGAUUGUGAACUUGAUAAUAAUAUAAUAUACGUCGUGUAAGUUAAUUAUAUCAGAUAGGAAGAAAGGGCGGACGCAGUGCAGUCCUUUUAUAAUUUAAUAAAUUAUGGGAUAUGUAUAUUAUUUACGUGUAUGCGUUUAAGAGUAUAAUCGAAACGAUAUUCUGGAAAUAACACGGGAUUUUAGUAUAGAUGAGUUUUCGGUGGGGGAAAACCGUUUAAUUAUUCGGCGAGUCGUGCAUUUGGCCAAACCUGUGAAUAUCUUUGAUAAGUCUGUGUGAUUUUUGCUUUACUGACAUAUUUCUAAGAACAUUUAUCCAGUUUACACGGAAUGUAUGGAGAGAAUUUGAGUACCGGAGAAAUAUGGGCGUUUCUGGAAAAUGGAUGAGAAACCAGAUAUCCUCGAAUACGUUAUAAGAGAUAUAGCGGCGAAGUAUUGUUAUUAAUUGUAUCAACGUUUUCUUUUUAUUUCCCAUUAAAUUCUUUCUGCGACCUCAAGUCCCCCAAGCCCUUGUCAGUCGCGCGAGGAAGUGGCAAUUACGCCGCAAAAGUAUAACAUAAUCUACAUAUACUUAGAAUUAUAUUACACAAUCCGUAGAUAAUCGAGUAUAUAAUAUCAAAGCUGAGGUGAUAUAACACGAGUGACAUUUUGAUUAGCGAGAAAAAUGUGCCAAAAAAAACACACACAAAGUAACUACGUAGCCAGAGGUAGUGUUACAUUAAUAAUAGUAAUGUUCUUAACCACAUACAUGCUUAAUGUAGAAUCUUCAGCGCUUCGUAGUGAUCCCUAGAUUAGCCUCCCAUUUCGAAUCCAUAUACUUCGACUAUAUACCUUUUUUCACCUACAAGUCGUAAGAGAUAUCUUUCUAGAUCUUGGUGAGUUUUUCAUUUAUUCCGUUGUUCCAGCAAUGCCCAUAGGAAAAAAAAAACUACCGUAUUUUUCGUACAAGUGGGACAUUCUACCACAGGACUGAGCUUUCUCAAAUAACUUCAUGUAAUAAGUGGAACAAUCGCUCCAUAUUGAGAGUAGUAUUUAAACGUGCCCGAGGAGCCCGUACUUAUACAACAAUGCGACGCAAAAUGACCUCUCGAUUCCAUUGAGUAUCGCCGCAAAAUUAUUCAAAUUGAUCCAGAAUGCCAAAGUAAGCUUCCAGGCUUUAUUACGUGUGUGAAAAAUUUAAACGUUUCUUUCCAUCUACCUCGUACACUGAGUCGCAGAUUCAGGAACGAUAAAAUAUCGGCUUUGAGAUGUAAACGGACUGCGUACGGGAUUACAGAAUAUGAAUAUAUAUAGAUCUUGUGUGUGCACAUCCAUGAGCAGGGCAAGCAUGCAAAUGGAAUGUUAAGAAUUACGCUGGUAACGUAAUCGGCAUAAGUCGAAGGAUGAGUACUUUGUUUAAUACCUACUCCGAUUAUGAGCGCGAUCGUACGUAAUUAAUUUAUGGGCAAGUAACAAUAAUAUCGGUAUGGACGAUGUGUAUACUUUUCUAACGAGUACAUAUCUACAUUGUAUAUUUGAGCACACCCAGAGUGCUCCCUGUUAUGAUCGUGAAUAACAUAAAUAAAUCGAUAAACAAGGAA